GUGGCAAUUUUUGCGGACGCCAUAUUAUAGUUAGUCCCGAGCGUCUAGGUCGCGUAAGUUGAGAGGAGAUGAGUGUUGUGAAGUGAGUACAGGUCCGGAGAGCACCCAGGGUUCAUCGCCGCUGCGGCGCGUCCUCCCGGCAGAUAUUCCGGAAUUGAUUGGCAGGUGUGAUGGACUGAUGCGGCACGGGUGCAAAUUGCAAUAACGCGCGCCUCACUGAAAGACCAAGCGCAAUCAUAACAUACAUUGCUGAUAUACUGACGCGGCACAGAGUCGCCCUGUGGCCUGAACUACUCCGCAGCCCUAAUGGAGAUCACGCACUCCAUGACUCGGCUCCCUUCGUGAGUGCUGUCAUGCCCUUCACAAAGCUUCACGCCUCUAGGUCGGCCCGUGCAUCUCGAUUCCAUCCUUGCUGUUGGCUUAUGGGCGUGUCUUGGAAGUAAGCAAUGCUCCAUCUGGUUGGGGCGUGUCUUCCAGCGGUCCAAUGAGCACAGAGGCUUACAUCUAUCUCGGCUUCUUCUUCGUUCUUUACCCGUUGGCCGUGUCUAGAAGGUCUGAUGUGGAGGCCGGCGACAUAAUUACAUCUCGAGAAUAUAGUCCACUUCAUGGAAUAAUACAAGCAACCUGCAAAGACAGCACACGAGUCAGUCCAUGGAAGAUUGAAAUGGCUUCUUCGCUUGAUUGAUGUCGGUGGCGCCAUCAAAAACCUCGGUUGCUGGCACACGCGAACAACACGUGCCUGAGAGUAUAAAAGCCCCAGUGCGGUUGAGCGGAACAUCUUCGCGCUACCCCCAUCUUCCUCUUCUUAUUAUGUCUCGUCGCACCAGUGAUGGCCUUCGCGGCCUGCAACGUUUCGAGGAGUUCUACUUGCCUGGCGGCGACCUUUACUGUCUUGUCCAGAACAGGAUGUUCCGAGUGCACCGAUACUUCUUCGAGCGGGAAUCCAAGUACUUUGAGAAGGAACUGGCGACCCCCGUUGCUCCUGGCGCGCAACGGCUUGGUUCGACCGACGACAGCGCCAUCGUGCUCAACGAUGUGCGCAGCGACCAGUUCGCAAAGUUGCUCUGGGUGUUCUAUAAUCCCAAAUAUUCAUUGUACGAAGCAAGCGUCGACGAUUGGGCCGGCAUCCUCGAACUUGCUUUCCGAUGGCAGUUCGGUGAGGUCAAGAAGCUCGCCAUUCGAGAACUCGAGAAGCUGGAGAUGGCCGACAUUGACCGAAUUGUGCUCUACCGCAAAUUCCAGGUCGACGAGUCGUUGUUGAUCAUGAACUACGUGGCCUUGGCCCAGCGGACCGAGUUGAUCACGCUGGAGGAAGGCCAGCGCCUAGGAAUGGAGGUCGUGAUCGCUCUGUCACGUGCUCGUGAAUGUCUGCGCAACACAGCUUGCAGCGGAUCGCAGAGUCCUUCCCCGUCAACUGUGACCGAGAAUGAUGUCCGGGAAGCCGUACUCCAUCAUUUUUCCGUCUCACCCUCGGAGCCCACAGAGUCCACCAAGACGCCCGCGAACACCUCAACCCCGAACAACUCAGCCACACCCAUCCCCCAGCGUCCAGCCACCCCCGCCAAGAUUAACGGCGCAGCUGGUGGAGCCACGAAUGGGCUCACCAAUGGCACCGCUCACGCCAGCGGUACCGCCAACGGCACCGCCAGUAGCACCGCUAUCGGUACCACCAACGGUACUACCAACGGCACCAACGGUACCACCAACGGCAGUGCCAACGGCAGUUCCAACGGCAGUGCCAAUGGUAGUACCACCGGACCCGCCAAUGCCGCCAACGGCACCACCAAUGGACCUACUAGCCUCGUCAACGGUACCACCAACGCCACCAUCAAUCCCAAUAGCGCCGCGACUGGUCCCGCCACCGACACCGCCUCCAGUACAGCCACCAAGCCCGACCCCCCUCCGAAGCUCGACACCAAGCUCGACGGAAAAGCGACCGGGCAGGCCAAGCCUGAAGGUGCCGAAAAACCAGAUAGUACAGCAGCCAAGCCCGACGACAAUGGUCCCGGAGCCGGGAACAAGACACCUGGAGGAGCUGGAGGCAAGUCGAACACCAACGGACCCGGUGGUAAACGAAACAAAGGCUGGGGCGGCGCCGUCUGAAGCCCGUGCAAAUGACCUUCACGACAAGAGAGAUGAUAAAGCGACGAUUCCAGGACCCGACGCAGGCGUUCGUACGAGUAUUUAUGAUGGAGCCACGGAAGAAACGAAGAAACGUCUGCCCAAGCCGGCUCAGUUGAAAGUCAAGGUUUCUCCCAGUCCUUCCCCCGCUUCGAAGCAGCCCAGUGCUGCCAGUAAUGGGGUGUUGGAUUGGUUCUUGGGCUCGGCGUAAAACCGUUUGGGGGAUCGUAUAUAAGAUAUGUAUUGCAGAGAUGACAGGAAUUCAUCGGUGAACUGUUUGUUCAAA